UGAUUCUGGUUUUUCACACUGUAAACAGUAAAAUCUCUUCGCGAUCCGUACGAGAUUUUUAUUAUCUUUUUGCACCAUGUCGCGGCGCCGCGACCACAGGCCGUGACAACCGUACACACAGACCUGAAAAACACUUUCUAUUUUGACGCUGGAAGUGAACUCGCAUAUCAAAACAUGGAGCUGCUUCAGCAGCAUCUGAACCAACAAUGCUAACGAUAGCACGGCUAGCGAGCCCCCCUGCCAGCUUUUCAGAUGAAGAGGAACUGAGCGUCGCUGUCAUCUUGUUGUCUUGAAACUUGUGUGAUUGGUUUCGUAGCUGACAGCUGUGCGUUUGCUGCGGAUGUCAGUAGGACGAGGAGCGAGUCUUUAUUCCGUGUAAACAUCCCGCUGUCUCAUUGGCCUGCUCGUUAGCAGCUGCUGUUAUUGUUUAUCUGUACUGGAAGUGGCACAGUUUAGUUAGCCAGCUUGCUAUCCCAGUAAUUGUCGCUGAAUGGGGUGGAGUUUUUAUUAGUAUUGCCGCACAGGCUGGAAUAACGUGAGGUAUCAGUCGGCAGUUCAGGAAGACGGUGUCAAACAACAUGUUGUUAAGGAGCUGCUGGAAAUCUCGACAUAAAAACAGCUCUGGAUCCGCUUCUUGUUGGAUCCGACCAGGUCUGGCAGCCCUGCUCUGGUUAUGUGUGACCCAGUUAGCUUGCGGCAGUGGGGCGAUGGGGGAGACCAAAAAUGUGAUCCAGAAAGAUGCAGAGUUUGAUGUCACCUACAAUGACACAGUUACAAGUGAAAACCAGACCAUCUAUGCUUUCAAUCACACUGUCUCCAGGAAUAAGACGGAGGGUGUGCAUGUGUCUGUGGAUGUAUUGUCACAGGGUUUGGAGAGUCCUAUCCUAUUUGUGGUACGGCAGAAGCAAGCUGUGCUGUCUUUCCAAGUCCCCCUCAUCCUAAGGGGCCUUUACCAGAGGAAGUACCCUUACAAUCAUGUGGGCCGGACAUUGUGCCAGCCUCCGACCCGAGCCGCCUCUGAAACCCAGUACUUUUUUGUGGACGUGUCUACCCUAUCCAGCCAGGGUACAAACUACCAGCUCAGGGUCAGCCGUGUUGAAAGCUUCACCCUUCAGACAGAUAAGAAAUUCAGCUUCACUGCAUCACCAUCCCAACCUCAGUAUUUCAAGUAUAUCUUUCCAGACGGGGUGGACACUGUGAUCGUAAAGGUCAACUCAGACAUGAACUUCCCCUGCUCCGUGAUAUCCAUCCAGGACAUCCAGUGCCCCGUCUAUGACCUUGACAACAAUGUGGCCUUCAUUGGGAUGUACCAGACUAUAACCAAAAAAGGUGCCAUCACUGUGCAGAGAAAAGAUUUUCCCAGCAACAGUUUCUACGUGGUGGUAGUGGUAAAAACAGAGGAUGAGGCAUGUGGCGGUCCGCUGCGCUUCUACCCUCUACGACCUGAUGAGCUUAUUGAUGCUGGCAACCGCAGCAAGGUCCUCGACGUGAUGGUGUCCCCUGCCAUCAACUCAACGGUGUACGUGACAGGCAUGCUGUUCUGUCUGGGUAUCUUCUUCUCCUUCUACCUGCUCACCUUCCUGGUCGCCUGUCUGGAGAACAAGCGAAUGAAUAAGAAGAGAGAUGUUUUUCAGAAUCCCGCUGACAUGUCGCCUGCAGAGACAGCCUCUCUGCUUGGGAAGAACGGAGAUGGUAAGACUCCAGCCUCACCCUAUGAAUAUGGAUCCUUUGCUGACAACGGCAGCACACUGAGUUCUGAGGCCAUCACUGACAGCGCCACCUCGACUGAUAACAACUACGGAUACAUGGGACAGGAGUUUUUCAAACGUCGACCAAUCCUCAAUCACCUUCACCACAUAGCCAUCCGCAUCGAGCGAUCGUUGGACAGUGUAGGACGAAGCAGGCAGGAGUCUCUGAGCUCUGUGGAGGAGGAUGACUAUGACACGCUGGAUGACAUCAACUCAGACAAAAACAUUGUCCGCACCAAGAAAUUUCUGUGUGUGUCUGACCUGGCACGGAAAGACAAGAGGAUUCUCAGCAAGAAAUACCAAAUCUACUUCUGGAACAUUGCCACCAUUGCUGUGUUCUACGCCCUGCCCGUCAUCCAGCUGGUCAUCACCUAUCAAACGGUUGUCAAUGUCACAGGAAACCAGGACAUUUGCUAUUACAACUUCCUGUGUGCCCACCCCCUGGGAGCUCUAAGUGCUUUCAACAACAUACUCAGUAAUGUUGGUUACGUGAUGCUGGGACUUCUCUUCCUCCUUAUUGUCCUCAAGAGAGAUAUUGUCCACAAUCGAGCCCUGGUGCGCAACGAUGUCAACGCUCUGGAAUGUGGUAUCCCAAAGCACUUUGGUCUGUUUUAUGCCAUGGGAACUGCUCUGAUGAUGGAGGGCUUGCUCAGUGCCUGCUACCACGUCUGCCCCAACUACACCAACUUUCAGUUUGACACCUCAUUCAUGUACAUGAUCGCCGGGCUGUGUAUGUUGAAGCUGUAUCAGAAGAGACAUCCAGACAUCAAUGCAAGUGCUUACACUGCCUACGCCUGUCUGGCUGCGGUCAUCUUCUUUUCUGUGCUGGGAGUGGUGUUUGGGAAGGGAAACAUGGUCUUCUGGAUCGUUUUCUCAGUGAUCCACAUUCUGGCCACUCUCCUCCUCAGCACACAGCUCUACUACAUGGGCCGAUGGAGGUUUGACUCUGGGAUUCUGCGCAGGAUAUUGUACGUCAUCUACACAGACUGCAUUAGACAGUGCAGCGGACCCAUGUACAUUGAUCGUAUGGUUCUGCUCGUAAUGGGGAACAUAGUCAACUGGUCCCUAGCUGCCUAUGGCCUCAUCGAGAGGCCUAAUGACUUUGCCUCCUACCUGUUGGCCAUCGCCAUCUGCAACCUGCUGCUCUACUUUGCCUUCUACAUCAUCAUGAAACUGCGGAGCGGUGAGAGAAUCCAGUGUCUGGCGUUGGUGUGUAUUCUCUUCACAGCUGUGGUCUGGGGAUUUGCACUGUAUUUCUUCUUCCAGGGUCUCAGCACCUGGCAGAAAACACCAGCAGAGUCUCGUGAGCACAACAGGGAUUGUAUCCUGCUUUCAUUCUUUGACGACCAUGACAUUUGGCACUUCCUCUCCUCCAUCGCCAUGUUUGGAUCCUUCCUGGUCCUCCUGACUAUGGAUGACGACCUCGACACUGUCCAGAGAGACAAGAUCUACGUCUUCUAGAUUUGUCAGAUCUUCUGUGAUGAGCUCAGCUUGUCCUCUCUGCCUUACCGCCCUUCUCUCUCUCUCUCUCUCCGUUUGCGUCUCCUUCUCAAAGAGCACAGCCAGUAGCCUGUUUUUUACCCAGGCUGUCGACGGGGCGCGUCCCGGCCUCUCACAGCCAAUCAGCCAGUCGGGGAAGGGCCGUAGCCCCUCCCCCCACCUGAACGGACACUAAUGUGCCAAUGAAGAGCCGUCGAGUGAUGCUGAAAUGUUUUGUCCUCUCGCUGCCAUCGUCGAUAUAACUGUUGUAAUCAAUGUUUACUUACUGACGAUGAAGAUAACAAUGUACACACUUACUAAAGAAAAAAAAACUUGUUCAAAUUAACUUAUUUUAUACUGUCAGCAUUACAUUUGACCUACAAGACAGCAAUGCAUUUUGAAAUACUGUUUGUAUGCUGUGUGUGUGUGUGUGUGUGUAUUUACAAACAUAAAUGUGGAAACACGAAUCCUGUCCAGUCUGUGAGUGGCCUUUAAUGUUCUAAUCAUGUUAGUCACAUACUGUGCUCUGAUUGGUCAGUUCCUCGAGCUAGCCGUCCUUCUCAUUGGAGAAUAUCGAUGAUGAUUGUAUUUACUUCUUGACUGCCCUCAAGUCUGACUGCGAAGGUAUUUUUUGCACUGUACUGUAUGAAAAACAGAAUUUUAAUGUCAAACGUUGCAAUGAGCAGUUACUGAAUAAAGGUCUCUUUCAGAUAAGUAGA